CAUGACGUUGCUAAGCCGAAAGUAAUCUGCUUCUGAGGUCCUGCUAGUAGUGGAAAGGGGGUUGUGGGAAGCGUCGCUAGUCUAUAAGGUCAUAUGCAGUAACGCCUCCUGUGUGCAAUCGUUCACCAGUCACGACGACCAUGAUCGAAUUCGGACCAGAAAUCAGCAAAAUCAACAACAAGAAAGAUGGUGGGAAAGUUUCGAAACUCCAACAGUAUUUCGAGGAAGAUAAUCCAGCUCCUAGGAACUAAUUGCAACUCACCCGCCCAUGUCUACCAAAUUCAGGCUCAGCUUAUCAUCCAAAACCUCUAUACAAACACCACUCUUGCUUCCCAUUUCAUCUCUGCCUGCCGAUCAUUAGGCCUUUCACAGACAGCUUUCCUCCUCUAUACUCUUAAUCCCCAAAAGCCCCAAACUUUCAUUUGCAACCAGCUCCUUAGAGCCUUUUCUCAUUCUGAUGCCCAUCACUAUUCUAUUUCCUUCUACUCCCACAUGCAUAAAAAUCUCAUCUUCCCUAAUAACUAUACCUUCCCUUUCAUCCUCAAAUCUCUGUCAGACCUCAGGAGCCUCAAACAAGGCAAAUGCAUACAUGCCCAGAUCGUUAAGUUGGGUCCCCUCAAUGAUAUUUAUGUUCAGAAUUCGCUGCUGAACUUGUACGCGUCCUGCGGGGACAUGGUGUCAUCUGGCUACGUGUUCGAUGAAAUGCCUCACAAAGACGUGGUUACUUGGACCGUAGUCAUCACUGGGUAUCGAGAAUGUAGCAUGUUUAAAGAUGCACUAAUUGCGUUUGAGCAAAUGCAGAAUGCAGGUGUGGAACCCAAUCAGGUGACGAUGGUGAACGCGCUGGCUGCCUGUGCGAGUUUUGGGGCGCUUGACAUGGGGGUGUGGAUACACGAGUUUAUAAAGAGGAAAGGGUGGACACUGGAUGUCAUUCUGGGUACUGCUUUGAUUAAUAUGUACGGAAAGUGUGGUAGAAUUGAAGAAGGUCUAAAGGUUUUCAAAAGCAUGGAAGAGGAGAAUGUUUUCACGUGGAAUGCCCUGAUUAAAGGGUUUGCUUUAGCUGAAAAUGGUCAGGAGGCAGUUAUGUGGUUCUCUGAGAUGGAGCGAGAAGGAGCUAAUAAGCCUAAUGAGGUGACCUUGAUUGCAGUGCUUUGUGCCUGUGUUCAUUCUGGAUUGGUAAAAUGGGGGGAAGAAAUUUUUUCCUCUUUACUGCAUCAGAAAUAUGGAUUUUCACCUGGUGUCAAACACUAUGCCUGUAUGAUUGAUCUAUUAGCACGUGAUGGACGUUUAGAGGAUGCUCUAAGGAUCAUUGACAAACUGCCUUUUCAGUCUACCAAGACUAUUUGGGGAGCCUUCUUUUCUGGAUGUAGAGUACAUGGGAACUUAGAAUUAAGUGAAGUUGCAGCUAGGAAAUUAGUGGACCUGGAGCCAGAAAAUUGUGCUUACUAUGUAGUCCUGUCUAAUCUUUAUGCAGAAAUGGGAAGAUGGGAUGAUGUGGAAGAAAUUCGAAGAUUGAUGAAAAACAAGGAAUUUAGGAAGGAUUCUGGCAAUAGUUCUAUUGAACUUGAAUAUCUGGAAGAUGUCUCCAAAUGGUUAGAUUAGAAAAAACAAUUGUCUCCAUUUUCACACCGAGUAAGCCAAAGGUAGAGCAGUGUCCAAGAAUAUCUUGAAUUGCUUUGAGCAUAACCACCAAAACGCAAUUGCUCUUCGCCUAUUUAUCCAGAGAUGAACUUUUGGCAUAAGUUUCAAUACCUGACGGUCUUAGUCGAAAUUAAUCAUAAAUUAUUGUUCUGGCAGGCUUCUCCUCAAGCUAAAGAUGUAACUAAAGGCUGCUGCAAAUCAAUCAGGUUUGAUGUGUGAAGGAUCGUUCUUUGGUCAUGAACUAUGUGGGCUAUCUUUGCAGCUGGAAACAUGAUAUUAUGCUUGUCGCAGUGGUGGAUACAGGUAUUUUUUGUUCGAUGAAUUAUUUGUUUUUAUCUAUGGUACUUCAGGAACUAAAGUCUCUCUGCCUUGCAAUUUUUGUAUUGCUGGCAAAACAGCAUUCGCAAUUUCAGUUGACCUUCUGGAGCCUAAUUUUUUUUUACCAAAGCCUAAAGACUUUUACGAUAGUUUACUAACCUUAAUCCACAGAAACCACAAUCUUCUGGAGCCUAAUUGAUGUAGUGGAUUCUGCCAUCAAUUAGAGGAGGAGGUUGGUGAAGAACAAUAACUUGGGAAGGCAUCUUCUGCUCUUGUUUACUUCAGGAAGUCAUGUCAAACUUGCUUACGUUGAGGCAAAGGAAAGUUUCUUGCUACCGUAUGAACGUGAAGAAACUGGAGCAAAAGUUGUCGGCUCUCACUCUCAGUGAAGGGGCAGAGAAAACAUUUCUUGAUUGCCGCCAUGAUCACAGAAAAUGCAGAUUGAUCAAUUCUCUUGUUCCUUUGGAAGGUAGGUGCUAUAGGAAGAGAUGAUCACUUCGACAUGCCAAUUUUCUUUUUUCACCUCUUCCUAGGACAAGGAAAAAAUCGUCCCGCAUGUCAGUUUCGCUUAAUCUUUCUUUCUUUUCACAUGUCAAUUUCCACACGAGGACGAGGAUGGAUUUUGGACACAAGCGAGUGAAAAUGCCCCAAAAAGAAAUACUAGGUACUAAAAUUAACGCAGUCGACAAUAGUCAUCAUCAAUCCGUGGUCGAGAAAAGACACUAAGAGAGUUUUUAGACCACCUCAAGCAAUCAACUACCUUGAGACUUCUUCUAGAACUGCACUGCGCUCCCUCCAGAACCAAUUUAUUGACAAAGGGAUUCUCAUUUUUAUGGACAAUAGAGGCGUCCAAUUAAGUAAGUUAGUAAAUCAGUUUUUGAUUGGCGUAGAUCCUCCUAUAUAAAAGCAUAAAAUUAGUUAAAAAGUUGUGACAAUUAAUUCUAAUAUAUCGAGACAUGUGGCAUAAUUAAAAAAGCGAGGCUCCCGAAAGGAGGGAAGUGCCCACCCAGACGGCGUGAUUAUUGCGUAAGGAACUGAAUACUAGCCCUCAAAUUAUAUAAAGAGCGUAUCGCGCUGUCCAACGUGCGUACUUGAUCCUU